CCCCCCCCAAAAAAAAUAAAAAAAGGAAGACCCUUCUGCUCCAAUCAAUUUUUCAAGGAAGUGAUCUUAUUGAGGAAUCCCACAUAUGGCCGAGGGCGCCGUGGCCUCUUUACUUAGCCAACUUUCGACAUGGCUUGGAGAUGAGCAAAAGCUACUUGGAGGGCUUGGAGACGAGGCCAAGAUCAUUCACGACGAGCUACAACAUUUGAGGGCAUUUCUUAGGGAUGCCGAUGCCGGAGAAGAAACCGAUACCAAACUCAAAGAAUUAGUGAGGCAAGUGCAAGAAAUUGCCUACGAUACCGAAGAUGCUCUCGAGAGCUACAUGCUCCUAUCGAGUAGCACGAUCCGUGGGCGUGUAAAAAAAUUUCGACACUCUGAAAAACUUGCUUGCUAAACACAAGUUGGCUUCUGAUAUCAAAACACUACGAAACCGACUUCAAAAUACUUUCAAAACAUUUAAAGAUAUGGUUAUGACGCUUCCUCAAACAAGUCCUAGCACCAUCGUGAGCAAUGCCUACUAUGAUGGUCGAGGAGACGCCCUACUAUUGGCAGAGGCAAACGUUGUGGGGAUCGAGAGGCCUAAGAAGCAACUCAUCGAGUGGAUUUCCGCGGCUGAUUACAAUCUUAAAGUCAUUUCGGUAGUGGGAAUGGCUGGGUUGGGUAAGACUACUCUCGUAAAAAAGGUCUAUGAUGAUCCAUCGGUGCAACAAAACAUCGAUCAUCAUGUGUGGAUCACCGUUUCUAAGACAUACGAAGUCGGGAAUCUUUUGGUAGACUUGAUCAAGAAGCUGCUGAAAGAGGUAAAACAAGAAGUUCCAUUAGGAUUGGAAGCCAUGAAUGUCGAUGGUUUACGAGAGUUUGCUCAUGAAUUUCUUCGAGACAAGACGUAUAUUGUUGUUCUAGAUGACGUUUGGAGCACGAAUCUCUGGGAAGCGCUACGAUACGUAUUUCCAAGGAGAAAUACACAUGGUCGUGGCUGCAUUAUCGUCACCACUCGAUCGAACAACAUAGGCGAUGCAGCAUCUUACGAAAACGACGGGCAUAUCUAUCCUCUACAACCAUUGCCUCCACAAAGAGCAGAGGAGUUAUUUUACAUGAAGGCAUUUCGAGACGGCUUGUGUCCCGAUCAUCUUAAAGAAAUUUCUGAAAACAUCUUGAAGAGGUGUGGGGGAUUACCUCUCGCCAUUGUCGUUAUCGGUGGCGCUUUAGCUUUGAAGAGAAAUAAGAUCGAAGAAUGGAUUAAGUUUAGCCUCAGGAUUGAAUCAAAAGUCGAUGGUGUUGAUCUUUUGAGGAUAUGGAAACUAUUAUCUCUGAGUUACAAUGAUUUGCCAUACUACUUGAAAGAUUGUCUUCUAUACUUAAGCAUCUUUCCCGAAGAUGCAUUGAUCGAGAAAUCUACGAUGAUUCGUUUGUGGGUCGCAGAAGGAUUCGUGGAGGUCGAACAAGGGAAGAUGAUGGAAGAAAUAACGGAAAGAUAUCUCAAUGAGCUUUCGAAUAGAAGUUUGAUUCGAGUAGCCACAACAUCUAAAGAUGGAAGGCCAAGAAACUUCCGUAUUCAUGAUAUUGUGCGAGAAUACAUUAUUUCAAAGGCGAGGGAGAGGAACAUUUUAGCAAGUGUCGAGCAACCGAGAGAAAUUAAACUAAAAGAUCGCAUUCGACGCCUUUCACUUGAGGAUAGUUGUGUUUCUUACAUUGAGAAGAUCAAUAAUUUGAAAUAUCUUAGCACCCUUAUUUUCUCUGGCUCCGGAGAAUUGGAGUGGCGGCCAAUCGUAUGCAAAGUAUUGCGCGGCGAAUGUAGAAUGCUUAAGAUAUUGGACUUGAGAAGAGCUCCAUUGGAUGAAAUACCAAACGAGGUGUUCAAGUUAUAUCAUCUCAAAUACUUGAGCCUAAGGAACACAAAUGUGUCAUUGAUUCCAAAACUAAUUCGAAACCUCGUGAAGUUGGAGAUAUUAGAUCUCAAGGGAAGUAAAGUCACGGAGUUGCCGGUUGAAAUAUUAAAGCUUCAAAGGCUAAGGUAUCUCAUAGUGUAUAGGUACAAAGACUUUCUUGAUUAUCCACCAUUCGAUCAUGUUCAAAGCUUUAAGGCGCCAUAUGGGAUUGGACAAUUAACGUUCUUGCAAAAGCUUUGUUUUGUGGAUGCGAGCACGGAAGUUGUAAGAGAAAUAGGGAAGUUGAAAGAAUUGCGAAGGUUGGCGAUUACAAAGUUGCGAAAGGAAGAUGCAAAGGAUCUUUGCUCAUCCCUUGAACACCUUACUUGGUUAAGUGCACUUUCUAUUGAGUCGAUUGAUGAAGGUGAGGUAAUUGAUCUAAACUACUCUAUGCCUCGUGCGAGUUUACGCUUUCUAAGGACACUUAUCUUGGAAGGAUGUCUAGAAAAGUUGCCGCAAUGGAUACCUUCUCUUAAUGCUCUAACGCUUUUAUAUUUGAGAUGGAGCAAAUUACGUGACGAUCCAAUUGCAUGUCUUCAAGUUUUGCCGAAUUUGAAAGUCCUUGGGAUAUUUAGCGCGUAUGAAGGAGAAGGCUUGCAUUUCAAGUUUGGAGGUUUUCGAAAACUUGAGACAUUGUAUGUUUAUGGGAUGGAAGGGUUGAAAUGGAUGAGAGUGAAUGAGGAAUGUAUGUCUAGUCUUCGUGAAUUCAAAAUAGGGGAUUGCAAGGCAAUGAUGGAGGUGCCUAUGGGGAUCGAGCAUUUGCAUAAUCUUGAGUAUGUGGUUUUUAGGGAUAUGACGAAGGAAUUUGAAAAGAGAGUGUCCGAAGGGAAAAAAACCGGCGAAGGCCAUCAAGGGAAGCUUGUUCAUAUUCCCCGUGUUGCCAUCUCUAAUUGGGUUGACGCCGAAUGGAAAGUCAAGUGGUUGUAAAAUAUAUCUAAUUCAUUAUAGGAAUGACAACGGAUCGAGUAUGUGUAUGUAUACCAAAUUUAGAUUUGAUUUGGUUAUUUAGAGUUAAAUUUGAUUGUUUAAGUACUAGUAAAGUAUACUAAGAUAUUAAAGAAAUUUUUAAGUAAAAAGAAAGUCUAGAGUUUAAUGUUGUAUUCGAAAGAUCAUACUGACAAGAUAAUUGAACAUAUAUUGUACAUAUUAUUCGAUUGUGAAGUCUCGUAAUAAACUUCGAG